AUGGCAUCUUCUGCACGCAGAAAAACAAAUUGUUCAAAAUGUAAUAAAGCAGCUGGUAUAUUUACGUGUCGUGGGUGUGAGAAAGACUUUUGCUAUCGUCAUGUUGCUGAACAUCGACAAGAAUUGAAUAAACAUAUGGAAGAGCUGACGAAUAAUCACGAUCUAUUCGUACAAACCAUUGCCGAGCAAGAAGCCAAUCCUAACUGUCAUCCUUCAAUAGAAAAGAUCAAUACAUGGGAACAGAAAUCGAUCAAAAAGAUACAUCAAGCCGCUAAAGAUGCACGCGAAGAAUUAUUAAAGAAUUUACGUGGACACAGAACCCAGGUAGCAAACAACUUGCAACAAAUUACUGAAGAAUUGAACAAAGCACGUAGUGAAGAUGAUUACGUGGAAACAGAUUUGAACGAAUGGAAAGAAAAGCUAGAAAAAUUGAGGACAGAUUUGGCUGCGACUCAAAUGCUUGAUCUCAGUCAGGAUGAAGAUGCUCGAACGCUCAUUCCAAAAAUUUUCGUACACAAAAGUUCGACAGAUAUUUUCAAUCGAACUCUUAAUGACAUUCAAAUACUGGAAGAUGGGAACCUUGCUGUGCAUGGUCAAACCCAGCAGUAUGCCAUAGUACGUGGCAAAAAUGAGUAUUCGUCGGGUCAGCAUCGACUUUACUUUCAACUCGAGCGUUAUCAGAACAUGGGCGGCAUCUUUUGCGGUGUUGUCUCGAAAACUAUGUCUGUCGAGACAUUACAAGAUAUUCUCAACAAACUCGAUUUAUACGAGCAAAACUAUGGGCGACGCGCAUUCCAAAAUUUCUAUAGCGCCAACUCAACCAUUUCCGAUCGAAUUAAACAAGUCAGUGACCAUAACUAUAACGACGGUUAUUAUAAUCAAACAUCUACCGAUAGCAAAUUCAUUCCUGUAUGUUUAACAGCUUCAGUGUUUAUGAACAAAAAGAACAACAAAGUCGAACUUCUCAUAAAUUGUGAUGCAAAAACCAUAUGUCUGACAAACGAGCAAACACAACAAAAACAGAACUGUGCUGUAGAGCUCAACAUCUGUCCACUUCCUUGGCAAAUUUGUUUCAUCGCUUACUCGGCAAAUGAUCGUAUUCGUAUUUCCGAACUAAAUUCUGUAGACAAUGAACAAGCUACUCUCCCGGCUAGACGGCGCGGAAUACAACCGAAGAAAGACCGAAUCAAUCGCGCGGAUGAGCUAGAAAAUAACUAUAUGGAAUAG